CUUAAAUUUCGAUUUUUCUCGUAUAGACGCCAACAUGGGUUUCGCUACUCUCUGGUACUCUCAUCCACGCAAAUACGGCCAAGGCUCCCGAUGCUGCCGUGCCUGCUCUAACCGUCACGGUCUCAUCCGCAAGUAUGCCGAGCUAUAUGCGAGGAGUUGA